AGAACUUUCUCAUUCCUACACCUCCACAUCCUCUCACACGCUUCUCCCUUGAGUUCAGCUCUCGCACUCUCUCGAGUCCAACGCCUUCGUUUGUGCCCCAGUCACAUAUCAGUUACCAUCACGACCUCGAUUUUCCAUCGACUUGUCAACAAGCACAUUCGUCAAGAUGAAGUCCACGAUCCUCUCCGUCUUCGGCCUUGCCGCCACCGUUGUUGCUCAGAGCGCUGGUGACCUGCCCCAGUGUGGUCAAACUUGUGCUGGCAACAUGAUCGGUGCUGAGAAGUCUUCGGAGCUUGGCUGUGACACUGGUGAUCUUCAGUGCCUUUGCACUAACCAGAACUUCAUCUACGGUCUCCGUGACUGCUCUCGUGCUAUUUGCAACGAGGAGCAGGCCGCUCAGGUUCUGGAGUACGGUCUCUCGGUCUGCCGACAGGCUGGUGUUGCCAUCACCACUGGCGCUUCUGGCACCGUUUCCGCCACACCCACUGUUUCUGGCAUUGUCCGAACCGUCCUCAGCACCAUUGUUUCUGGUGACUCCACCAUCGUUUCUGCCGUUUCUACCAUCAGCGCUGCCGCUAGUGACACCGAGGAUGAUGAGACCGUUUCUACCUACACCAGCGUCUUCACCAACUCUGAUGGUGAUGUUGUCACCACCACUGGAGAGACCACCAUCGGUGCCGCUGGUGCCCAGGUUACCACUUUCACCUCUGACGGUACCGAGAUCGUCCGAACCCUGGAGACUGAGACUGCCACCGACGACGAGGACGAGAACGUUACCACCUUCACCUCUGGCGGCACCAAGAUUGUCAGCACUCUGGUGACCAAGACUGCUACUGAUGAUGAGGAGACCGUGUCCACCUACACCAGCGUUUUCACCAACUCUGAUGGUGAUGUUGUUACCACCACCGGCGAGACCACCAUCGGUGCCGCUAGUGCCCAGGUUACCACCCUCACUUCUGACGGCACUGAGAUCGUCCGAACUUUGACCACUAAGACUGUCAAGACCGGUUCCGAGACCGGUUCCGCCACCGAGACCGUUAGUGACGCCUCUACCGCCACCGAGACUGAGGGUUCCACCGAGACUGAGGGUUCCACCGAGACCGGCGAGUCGAGCGAGACUGGAACUGCCACUGGCACUGGUGAGGCCAGCGAGACCACUAGCACUGGCAACGCUGCUGUUCCCCAGAUGACCGCUGCCCCUGCUGGCAUGCUUGCCGCCGCCGGUCUUGCUAUGCUCCUUCUGUAAAUGAGGGAUGCUGUUGUCUAAUGCUUGAUGUUUUUCACGUUGCACAUGUUUGAUACAUAAUUCCCGUCUGUACUUCGAUCUUUGGGACCCCGUAACAUAUUUCCUCGAUGCAGGAAUUCGACUUCGGGACGAUCUUCGGAAAGGAGAAAUGAAAACGAGGUGAAUGAACAUGACGGUUCGGUUUUUGGGAGGUUUUAAUGACGCAUACGGCUUAUCUUUCGUUGUAAUGGAAUGACGAAAUGCUAGAGGGAAGGGAUCUCGAUGUUGAGUGUGACGAUGAGGAAGGGGCGUUGACUUGGGAGAUGACGACGGGAGACGGCAGACGUUGUGAUGCCGUCGCGCAAGACGUGUCAUCUCUCAGAGCAACACAUGGGUUCAGGGGAGCGUGAUACCCGGCCUACGGCCUGACUUCGGUGGAGGAUUUUUCUUCUCGCAUUCAUUGAGAAACAUUAAUAGAUAAUCUUUUUGACCACG